AUGUCUGAACGCAAAGUUCUAAACAAGUACUUCCCUCCGGAUUUCGAUCCGGCUCUCAUUCCUCGCCGGAAGCAGCCCAAGAACUCACAACAGGUGGUUCGUCUCAUGGCUCCUUUCUCUAUGCGAUGUAACACAUGCGGUGAAUACAUUUACAAGGGAAAGAAGUUUAACGCCAGAAAGGAAACAGUCGAUGGGGAAGACUACUAUGGUAUCAAAAUCUUCCGUUUCUAUAUCAAGUGCACUCUAUGUUCCGCGGAGAUUACUUUCAAAACAGACCCUAAGAACACGGACUACUCCGCUGAACACGGGGCGUCGCGGAAUUUCGAGCCAUGGAGGGAGGAACAGGCUGUGGAGGAAGAGGACCGUUUGGCGAAACUGGAGGAGGAGGAAAACAACCCCAUGAAGGUCCUGGAGAACAGAACGGUGGACUCAAAGCGAGAGAUGGAUAUCUUGGAUGCCCUUCAAGAUAUUCGUGCUCGCAAUGCACGUAAUGAACGUGUCGGCCAGUCAGUUGAUUUGUCAGAAAAGCUCGACGUGGAGGAAAUCGAGACGGAGGAAGACAGGGAGCGGAAGAGGCAGGAUGAGGAGGAUGAGAAGCUGGUGAGAGAAGUUUUCUCAAAGAUCACAGUCCCAGCAGGUGUAUCGGGCUCGCAGCCGUCCGAGAGCUCCAGUGGUUCAGAAGAAGCGGCCCCGACGGUGGUAACGUUGAAGCGCAAGGCAGAUGGAGCGGAGCCAGAUUUGAAGAGUUUGCUACCAGAGUCGACAAGGGCGCUCAUUGCUCAGAAGUCCCUUGGGCAACCUCCAGUGAAGCGGAAGAAGCUUGACUUGAAAGGUUCCUUGGGCAUCAAAAUCAAAGGAAGAGCGGUGACCAAGACAGCGGUGUAA